ACAAUAUAUCUGUAAGUUUCUUUAUCUUUUUGUCUAUCCUUUUAAAAAUAAUAAUCAUUAUAAAAUGUAAUGCGAUCACGUACACUGUACUUAUAUAUAUCUUUGAAUUAUAGUCUAUGCCUCCUACUACUACAAUGUCUCAUCCUUCAAUGGGAUACACCCCACGUCCUAUGGUCUAUGCCCAACCUAUGAUUAUUAAUCACUCAAAUGCGUCUUAUCCAUCUCCUCCCCUUCCACAGCCACAACAACAACAACAGCAGCAGCCACAACAAGCACAACCACAGCAGCAGCAACAUCAACAACAUACUCAGACACACCCGCAAGUACACCCUCCAAUGUAUGUUAUUCAACCAAACCAACAAAAACAAGAUGGCUCCGCGGGACAGUCUAUGUUGCCCAUGGCCCCAAAUUCUGCUGUGUAUCCCACCGAGGUCGACAGUCCAGCCACAACUCCAGGAGGUGGCGAAAAGAGACCCAAACUAAGAGUCCAAAUCCCAGAAUCAGCCGAAGAUGCAGCAGGCCGUAAACCAACCGAACAUAAUACUAAUCCUUCACCAUCGACUUUCUAUCCGGAAUUUUACCAGCAAAAUGAAUUGCCUAGCCCACUCAAUUUCUCAGCCACGCCUACUGCCAACCCAGGUACCUUUAAUUGGCCUCCAAUCUCGCGCGAUUAUCGACCUUCACCCCUCGUCAAAGUAGAAACGUAAGACC